AUGGCAGGACCGAUGAAGGUGGACACCAGAUUCAGUGUGGUCGAUGCACCAUUACCUUACAACGCCAUCAUUGGCCGACGAUGGGUACACCGGCUUAAAAGGGUUGAGGCAACAUACCAUCAAUAUCUCAUGUUCCCAACUCCUGAAGAAGAGAUGGAAAUCAAAGGAGAUCAAGUCACUGCGAAGGAAUGCCAUGUCCAGCAAAACCAACUCAACAUUGAACAAGAGGAAGAACGAACGGGAAACAACAAAUCAGAAUCCAAAGAUAAAUCAAUUGAUCAAUACCUCGAGGAAAUAUCCGGAAAAAUUAUGACGAAGAGUAACGCAGCCAUGAAUAUUGAAGCCAAUACUUCAGAUGACAUUCUUGUGACAGGAAGCUCUACAUCAGCAAUAAAUAAUCUUCUUGCUGAUCUCAGUAAAGAAUUUGCAAUCAAGGAUCUUGGUGAGCUUCAUUUCUUCUUAGGCAUUCAAGCAUCCAGAAACUCUGCAGGACUUCAUCUAUUUCAGGAGCAAUAUAUCUCCAACUUACUUCAUAAAACAAAGAUGACAUUUUCCGAGCCAUAUUCUACACCAUUUGCUGCUCCAACUGGUCUUGACACUUCUCCAUUGUUUGAUGAUCCUACAUUGUAUAGAAGUGUUGUUGGUGCUCUGCAAUAUGCUAAUAUCACCUUGCAUGAUAUUUCUUUUGCAGUCAAUAAAGCUUGUCAACAUAUGCAGUCUCCAACAGAAGCUCACUGGACUGCAGUUAAGAGAAUUCUGCGCUAUUUACAAGGUACUCUUGGCUUUGGCCUUCAUUUUAAAUGCUCUAGUUAUCUGCAAGUUCAAGCCUUUUCUGAUGUUGAUUGGGCUGGUGACUCAACUGAUAGAAGAUCCACUGGUGGAAUGGAAAUUUUUCUUGGACCCAAUCUGAUCUCCUAG